GCCACGAUAAUGCAAAGAACACAUAAUCAUUAUGCAUUUCGUAAUCAGGGGAAGUAAAUCUAUCGCCUCGCCAAGCGUUUUUGGGGAAAAUUGAAAAAAAAAUUUCUUUUUAUUAUGUUUCAAAAGCGAAAUUGGAAAAUCGGGCUUAAUAGUGGCAUGCAGAGUGAUACAAAAAACAUUUUAGAAAAAGAAUCGUGAGAAAAUAUUUUCCCAAAAAAAUGUUUUUCGCAUUAUUGUGCCUGAAAAUAGGGAAAAGCUAUCUAGUAGUUCACCUACUCUCCGUUGGUAACGCCAAUUUACCUCCUGCGCACCUUUAAACAAAUUUAGUAGUUAUUUACGGUUAUUUAAAAAUUAUGCUCCUUUUUUAAACGUAUAGUAACGAUACAAGAAAUAUCAAUUAUACUAAUUAUUAUCCUUUCAUAUGUCAUAGAAGGAUACAUUUAUUUUUAUUCACAGUUUCUAUGGUAACUGUUCAUUUGACUGGAAAGCAAUUUUGAAAAACUAUUUUCGAGAAAUAAAUUUUUGAAUGAUGGUUGACUUUAUUGAAACUUCUAAUUUGGAGGAUAUUACACAUGCCUUAGAAGAUAUGGACAGUUUAGACAUGGAAUUAUUUAAUGAUUCAUUUAAGAAAUCAAAAUCUUCUACAAGUAUUUUUAAAGAUUCUAAUGCGCAAUUGGAUGGAGAAAUAAAAAAGAAAGUCAUAUUUAAAGAUCCUUCGGAGGAUGAUUCGUUAACUGGUUUGCUAUCUGACGAGGAAAUUUCUUUAAAAGAAAAGAAGAACUUAUUUGUAACUGGUAGUAAAAGUAGCCUGAUGGAAGAUUUGUUUAAGAUAAAGACACCAGGUCCAUCCACAACAAGUAUCAAAUCAAAUAAUGAAUUGGAAUCAAAACUCAAUUCUGAGCACGAAGAUGUUAAUCAAUUGUUUUCACAAAAACCAAGCAGUCACCUGACUUCUAAGAAUAAUUCUAUUUUAUUAAAAAGUGAAUCAUCUGUGGAAAAACAUGCACAGAAGCUAAAAAGCUUAUCUAAAACUGAAGAGGAUAUUUUAACUAAUUUAAUUGAUAAACCAAGCAUGGUAGAUGAUAAAUCAAGGUCAUCAUUAAGAGAGAGCUUAUUUGAAAAUAAACCUCGUUCAUCUGCUACCAUGGAUUUUGUUAUUCCUAAGAAUACUAAAAAAGAAGAUUCAGAAAUUUCAAUAAAAUCUGUAGAUUAUGUAAACACUGCACAAAAGUUGAAGUCACAACCUGUUAAUGAAUCAAGUAAACUUUCUACAAAAGAAUCUCGUAGAGGUAGAAGGAAUACAAAAAUCAUAAAUGAUCCUCUUGGUUUAUUGCCAACUAAUUUGCUCUCUGACCAAAGUUUAGAACUGCUAGCAAAUGAAAAUGUGCCAACUAAAGAUACUACUACACAAAAUCCCAGAUUAGAUGAAAAUUUACCAGAAUGGUUGGGAGGUACAAAAAUAAUAAGUCAAAAACAAACCAGUGAAAUAAAGGAUAGUAUAGCAUCAAAGGAUGAAUUGUCUGAUAAAGUUGGAAAAGAAUCUACUUCUAAAGAAAAUAUUGAAUCACAGGAAAGGCUCUCGACAUCUACAAUGAAAAGAGAUGCAACAGAACAACAAGAACACGAAUUAAGAACAGCAGCUAUUCUUUCUCAACAAAAUGAACAAUUGAGUAAGGUAUCAGAUGCUCAACAUUCCAUACUUGAACAUCAAGAAAAGCAAUUUAAUUCUCUCCUAAAAUUACAACUAGAAAAGCAGCUUUUACUGGAAAAACAAAUAAAAAUACAACAAGAACGAAUUAAUCAAUAUAUUCAAACAUUAAUGGCUCAGCCUAUUUCAAUAUCAAGUAAUACAUCAGUUUAUGCAUCAUGCAAAUCAGAGGAAAGCGAAAAAUAUUUAACACAUGAGAAAGAAGAAAUGGAAAAUACAAUAAAAACGUUACAAAUAGAAAUAUCUAAAUUAGAAAGUACAUUAUCCACUAUAAAUGAAAGACAUGAUAAUGAGAUGAUUUAUCAAGCGGAAUUCUACAAUAGGCAAAUUUCGUUUUUAAAAGAAGCGAUGAUAAAAGUAGAAGAAAGAGCGAGACAGGAAAUCGAGCUUUUAGAGGCAGAUUACAUGGUGAAACUCGAAAAAUUAAGAAAUGAAAAAAUGGAAAUAGAAAAUCUGUACAAAGAAGAAAUUCACAACUUAAAGAAUGAAUAUGGUCAACGUACAGAAGAACUUAACAAACUACAUUUUCAACAUGUGGAACUCGUGCAAAAGGAAUAUUCUAAUAUAAUAGAAAGUAUAUGCACAGCCAAGCAGUCAGAAAAUCAAAUAAUAGAAACUAUAACCAGUAGAAAGAUUGAUAUAGAGGACAUGUUGGGAAAAGCUAAUGCCAUUAUUGAAAGUAUGAAGAAGAACAAAGAAGAUAUCGAACUCAAAAAUAAUGAAAUAAUGGAACGCCGAGAAAAUUAUUUAAGAGUAUACGAGGAUGAUAUAAAAGCCCAACAACAAGAAUUAAAACAUCAAAAUAGUGUUUUGGAAGAACAUCGUAAUGUAUUUAUGAAAACAACUGAGCAAUUCAGCACUCGUCUCACUCGUCUUAUAACUGAAUUAGAGAAACAAACUACACAGAGCAACCAAACGCAAGAAAUGCUUGAAAACAAAGCAGCAAACCUUUUACGAGAAAGAGAAUUGUUUGAAGAAAAAGUGAAGUGGGAAAGGCAUUAUCUGCAGACAUUAAAGGAAUCUUGGAUGAAAGAACAAGAGAGACAGUUAAGAUUACUUACAGAAGAAAGAGAGACAGUAGCAGCAGAGAAAGCACAACUAGAAAUUCUAAGUAGACUAAAAACUGAUAGUGGUAGUGUUGCGAAAAUAGAGUUGGAAGCUGCCAUUAAAGCUGCAGAGGAAGUAACUGCCUGUGCUAAUCAAGAAAAACUAAAGUGGCAUGACAAAAUU